AUGCGCAGGCGCGCCCGGGCUGAGGGAAUACCGUUGUUCUUGAAAUUCCUGUCUGUUAUUUUCAAACGAGCGACUGACGCAAACAGCUGCUAUUAAAAGCAGAAUCGUCAGCGCCUGGGAAGAUCAGUGUGGGCAGGUUAUGGGAAGAUACAUGUUUGCGUGGGACUAAUAUUUGAGAGGGCACCCCUCCACCUGAGUCAGCUGUUGAGCCUUACGUUGGGCUACGUCGUGCUGAGUUUGUGACCCUGGCGGUUUCUGGGAGCAGCAGCAGCAGCAGCACCACCACCACCAGGAGGAGGACUCUUUAAGAGUUAAAAAUGCGGAAAGAAGAUCUCACGACCUGGUCUUAAGUUUUCUUUUAACUGAACGACUGGAUUGAUUUUGUGGGCAAACCGAAACGACCGGAAUAAUCUGAGAAACAAUGUGGGCGAAGUUCGUGCUAAUUUUAUGUCACCACUUUAUUCUUUCCUUGGCAACUACUAGCCCGGCUCCGCACGGAACAGAGCAAAGUGGUUUUGCAACUACAUUUCUACCAGAAAAUUCGUCUACCACUAUUAGCUCCCACACGUCUCUCACCACAAACUUACAAAACACAACAGCAACCAGUCCAAUAACAGAUGUAGAAACAUACCCUUUAUCUUCCUCCACUCCGACUGUCUUGACAAACACAAGCCACGUGACGAACACUGUAGUUGAUAACACAUCAUUGAACACCACUUCUCAACGCUUCUCUCCACAUCUUGGUGCUACAACCGUAUUACCAACAUCAGCUCCCAAUGUAACUUUGAAUAGUUCAGACAUAGCGACCAGUUAUUCACUUAUAACAAGUAGCUCAUCUCAGACUGAUAAUACAACUCAUGUAAAUAGUACAAUAUACAGUCCGAGGACAAAUAACAUGACCCACGCGACUUCACUUUAUCCUAUUGACACCAACAGUUCUUUCACAAGUGUGGAAGCAACGUCUCUUCCAAAUAGCCCACAGCAUAAAGUGUUCACCAUGAUGAAAGUCUCUACUAUCACCUUUACAACACCAGAUGCUUUCACCACCAUUCUAUCAUCUUCAAACCCAACCUCUUUGCCAAACACCAGUACCUUGACCAACAAAACAGAACAUGAGGAUAGAAUUGAGUCUCCAAGCAAAACAGGAACAGCUUUAACUGUUAUAGCGUGCUUGCUUGUUGUCAUCGUUAUAAUCGGGUUGGUGAUAUAUUUAAAGAAAUGGAGAGUGUUCUACAGCCGCCUAGAGGAAGACUACACAACUGGAUCUUGGAGCAAUUACAACAAUCCUGUGUUUGAAGAUUUAUGACAACAAUCUUUUAAAUUGUUACCUUUGUGUACAUGAGGCAUUAAGCCACAAAUGUGUAUAAAGUAUUUUCUUGAAAACAAUAUUAAAUUCAGAAUGCUGGAAAACCA